CCUAAACCUAGAAUGUCUUUUCACUUGUUAACCUACCCCUCAACAUAUACUUACCUUAUAUCGCGAACAGGAAGAUGGCUCGUGAUCUAAACGAGAUCAACGAGAGUGGCUGCUAUGUCGCGCUCACCAACCAGCAUCUAAGCAUAAAUGAUGUGAUGGACAGAGUUCGUAGUCCGCAUGCUGGUGCAUUAGUCAUGUUUGCGGGCACCACAAGGGAUAAUUUCGCUGGCAAGCUGGUUAAAGAGCUUCAGUACUCGGCGUAUAAUCCUCUAGCAUUACGAACAAUGCUUUCAAUCUGCAAAGCAAUCCAUGCCGAACAUGGUCUCAUAUCGAUAGCUAUGAUUCAUCGCCUCGGAAUCGUGCCUAUCGGAGAGGAGAGUAUUCUCAUAGCGGUAUCUGCGCCACAUAGGCAAGCCGCAUGGAGGGCCGGCGAACGGGCCCUCGAAGAUUGCAAAGAACGUGUCGAGGUCUGGAAGAGAGAAGAAUUUGACGGUGAAGAAGGCAUUUGGAGAGCCAACAGAGAUGGCGCGACUGGCCAGAAAGUCUCCCAGGCAGACACAACAUCUACCUAAAUCGCUAAUCUCCCCUUUCUAAGAAGACAACGGCAAUACGUAUAAGAAUACUACUUGUCCACCACGGUCUUUCGGCCGUCGGUUGAGACGAUGUUAUGACUCGGGUAGCAACAUACCACCCCAAGGUACACUCCACGAACCGUCCUCCAGCUCCGAAUGAGUAUUACUUUAGGACGGAGCAUCAAAUAUACCGCACCGGAUCCCGGCUAAACGGUUGUUAUCGAGCCAAGGACCAGCAAGAGAGUCUCGAUUCUUGGAGCCAAGAAUUGACGUUCUUUCCUUAGUAUUAGUGGUUAACGGCUGCUUUGGUGUAUGAGACGAGACUUACUUAGCACGUACUCAUAGAAACGUUGCACUGAUACUCACAACCAUAUUCUUGUUGAAGGUUGAAAGAUAUAUAGAUACCUAUGCACUUUCGGGACCGGGAAGGGGAUGUCAGGUACGUAUCUACCCAUGCU